AUGGCGUCCGCUGCCUCCCUUCCCGCCUCCGUGGCGGCUCUUACCCUCCAAUCGACCGACCAGAAGUCCAAAUUCGCCGGAUGCUUCCCAACUUUGAACCCCAUGGAUAUCUACCGUGAGCACAUUGCGGAGCAAUUGGGAAAUGCCACCGGCAUUGAUGCUGCCAAGAUUUAUGCUCGUCUUGCAUGGACCAGCACUCUGGACAAGGGUGACCUUUCAUUGCCCGUCGCUUCCCUCCAGAUUAAGCAAAACCCUAUGGAGCUGGCCAAGGAGCUCGCCUCAAAAUUCCCCGAGUCCGAUCUCAUUCACCCGCCCUCUGUUGCCGGUCCUCACAUGCAGUUCUUCUGCAAGACCGAGCCAUUGGCUAAGACCGUCCUUGGUCGCAUCCUGUCCGAGAAGGCCGCGUAUGGCACGAACGGCAACCAGGGUCAGAAGGACCCAUCAGACCCUUCCAAGGGCCAGAAGAAGAUCAUCAUUGAGUUCUCGUCACCCAACAUCGCCAAGCCCUUCCACGCCGGCCACCUGCGCAGCACCAUCAUUGGUGGUUUCCUUGCAAACCUCUACACUGUCAUGGGAUGGGAUGUCAUCAAGAUGAACUACCUUGGUGAUUGGGGUAAGCAGUAUGGUCUGUUGGCCAACGGCUUUAAGUAUUUCGGUAAUGAGGAGGCUCUGACCAAGGACCCUAUCAACCACCUAUUCGAUGUCUACGUCAAGGUCAACGGUCUCGUUGCUGAACACGACGGGCCCAUCAAGGCGCUGAAGGAGCAGAUCAAGAUCAAGAAGGAGAAGAGUGAGGACGUUGCUGAACUGGAGGCACAGCUCGCCAAGCUUGUUGACGUCAGCGAGGAUGAGAAGGCCCGUCGCUACUUCAAGAGCAUGGAGGACGGUGACCCCGAGGCCCUCGCUCUAUGGCGCAAGUUCCGUGAUCUUAGUAUCGAGAAGUACAAGCAGACCUACGCCCGCCUCAACAUUGACUUCGACGUCUACUCCGGUGAGUCGCAAAUCAAGGGUGAGAGCAUGAGCGAAGCCUACAAGCUCAUGGAGAAGGCCGGCGUUUCUGAGGAGUCUGAGGGUGCCGUCAUUGUUGACUUUACCAAGCAUGGCGCAAAGAAGCUGGGCAAGGCUAUUAUUGUUCGCAAGGAUGGUACCCCUCUUUAUCUGACCCGUGAUAUCGGUGCUAUCACCGAGCGUGACGAGGAGUACCACUUUGAUAAGAUGAUCUACGUUGUUGCCGCCCAGCAAGAUCUGCAUCUCGCUCAGCUUUUCAAGGUCACCGAGCUCAUGGGCCACAAGGACCUUGCCUCUCGUUGCCAGCACAUCAACUUCGGAAUGGUCCGCGGAAUGAGUACCCGAAAGGGAACAGUCAAGUUCCUCGACGAUAUCCUCAAGGACGUUGGCGAAAAGAUGCACGAAGUCAUGAAGAAGAACGAAGUCAAGUACUCGCAGGUCGAGGACCCCGUGAAGACUGCCGAUACUCUCGGCAUCACUUCCGUCAUGGUGCAAGACAUGACCGGCAAGCGCAUCAACGGCUAUGACUUCAACCUGGAUGCCAUGACCUCCUUUGAAGGUGAUACUGGCCCAUACUUGCAAUACGCUCACGCUCGUCUCUGCUCAAUGGCCCGCAAGUCUGAGUUGAACGCCGACGAGCUGGUUAACGCCAACUUCGACCUUUUGACCGAGCAGCAUGCUUCUGAUCUCGUCCGUCUUCUGGCCCAGUGGCCUGAUGUUCUCCUGAACACUGCUAAGACUCUCGAGCCCGUCACUGUCCUCAGCUACCUGUUCCGCAUGACCCACAUGCUCAGCUCUAGCUACGAUGUGCUCAAGGUUAUCGGCAGUGAGCCCGAGGUCAAGAAGGCUCGCAUGGCGCUGUAUGCUUCCGCCCGCCAGGUUCUGAACAACGGCAUGCGGAUUCUCGGCCUCAACCCCGUUGAGCGCAUGUAA